UUUCUGAGCUCAAACUCAAUCAAAAACAAAACUUUAUUAGUUUAAUCCGAGAUCUUUCGUGGAAUUUUGUUUUUAUUUAUAUUUUAUAAACUAACGAGGAAAAAAACAAAAACUCCGAUUUUACAUUUUUUAUCCUCUGUUGAAACAAACUAAAUAUUGUUAUCCAUACAUCUCCAAAAGAUAAGGAAGAAACAUCUAAACACUGCGACCUGUUUUAAAAAAAACUUUUGAUUAUUCUUUUUCGCUGCGUAAAAACGCACAGCGGCUCCAUGGCGCACAUGUGCAGACAGAUCGUUGGCAGCGCAGCGAGCUGCGCGGGCUGGGUGGGGAUCAUCGUCGCCACGGCCACCAACGACUGGGUCCGGACCUGUGACUACACGGUGGCCACGUGUGUCCGUAUGGAAGAGCUGGGCUCGCGGGGUCUGUGGGCGCAGUGCGUAAUCUCUCCUGCGCUUUAUCACUGCGUGGACAUCAACCAGAUCCUCACCCUGCCCGCUUACAUCCAGACAUCUCGCGCUCUGAUGAUCUGUGCAUGUCUGCUCGGCCUACCUGCAAUGCUGCAGGUGCUCAUGUCGAUGCCCUGCGUCAGGCUGCAGAAUGACACCGCCGCCAUCAAGCAGCGCCGGGCUCGGAUAGGAGGCGUCCUGUUCCUCCUUAUGGCUGUGUUUGGCAUCAUAUCCACCGUCUGGUUCCCGAUCGGCGCUCACCAGGACGAAGGCCUCAUGUCGUUUGGUUUCUCGUUGUACGCCGGCUGGGUUGGUUCUGCCCUCUGCCUCAUGGGCGGCUCCAUGAUCUUGUGCUGCCAUGGCGUCGACCCCGGGACCCCAAGCAGAGACAACAGCUUCUACUUCUCCAGACAGCGGGGCACGGCCACGCCGCUGGACCCACCCGCCAACCAUGCCAAGAGUGCAAGAGUGUGAAGAUUGAUUAUAGACUGUGUAGACUGUCAUAAUCAAGUCUGAUAUUUCUUUUUCUGCAUUUAGCGUAUUGAGACAUAUUUGGGAGUGAUUCAUAAUUUCCGUGCAUAGAGCCAUGAUAACAGUUUUUUUUACCAGCCAUUUGUUAGGACAAAUAUUUUGUGACAUUUAUCCCUAAAUUCCUUUACGAUAAGCUUAAGAGCCACACUUGUAUGAUCCUUUUCCUCUAGUCAAAUUUUGCAACUCAAGCAAGCUUUUGGUUUACAUCAAAAGAAUAUUCAGGGAACCAAAAGGUUCCUUAAGCCCCAUUCUGUCUGUUGCUAUGUCUCAUUCAGUGGGCUGCAUCCUUCAAAGGACUAAGUAAGACAGUCUGGACUACAGAAAAUUACUUGUUUGUAUCACCAGCUGUGACGGUAUUACACUUUAUUUUUCUAAGCGUCACCCUAUUCACCUAGCAACCUCCACAUCUGCCCCGGAACUAAGAGAAGCUUCACCUUUAUUCAUCCUACAACGGAGACAUUUAGUGUUAUCGCAGCAAAGAGCAAGGACAGACAAAAAAAAAGAGCACACAGUGCACAACCAAGUAUAUGAAGAAUUAGUAAACAUAUCUAAUGUCUCGUAACUAAACUAUCAAUAUUAAAGAUAAUCUGUAGUUUUAAGGCCCCCGUUUUUUUUAACAAUGGUAUUAGUAUCUAUUUGAUUGAGUUGAAACCAGCUACAUACAUUAAAAAGUGUGUUACUCGACCACUUCAGAGUCUACCAGCUCGUUUGAAUUGAUGCGAUGAAUCUCCGUAUAUGUUAGUCCAGGAAGGAUGCAGCAGAUGAAUCCGAGACAGACUUCAACUAACCUCUAUGAUGCGAACGGUCUUCAAAAGCUCACUCCAAAGGAUGCAUCCCCUGGAUUUGGACAUGCAUAGUAUUUCAAACGUUUCUUAAGACUGAAAGAAAAAACACAAAUUAGUCUACAGACAUUUAAAAGGGACAGCUGUUUUUACCUAUAGUUUUUUUUUUCUACACAACAAAAGCAUCAUUAUUGGCACUAUAUUCAUUUCAAUAAAAUGCUCAGAAAUAUUCUUUAGGGCUUGGACUUCAUUUUCCUCCAUCUGUUGUACAAUUUCAUCUGUAACUGCAUCAGUUUGUCAACAACAAGAAAUACGUUACUUUGUGGCUUAAAAUGUCUAAAAUGGCAGCUGAAAAAAAAAGACAACCAAUCAGAAUCAUUCAAUGAUGGAAGCAACACCCCCAAAUGUUCCUGCACUUUUUGGAAACCCUGGUUCUUUGUUCUUUGAAUUGAAAUCGCACAGAGUUCCUCUAAAGGUUCCCCGUCCCUGGGGAAAGUUCCUGCAGUGGAAAUGCGGCUUUUGUUUGAAAAUCAAAUAACAGAAAUAGCUUUCAUCGAAGGCGCAGUCCAAUUUGUUCGGAGAUGUGUGCAGUUUUACAGAUUUCAUGCUACUGUUGCUGUCCACCAUUGUAGCAACUAAAUGCCUCAACUUUUUUAUUUAAUGGUCUUCUUGUAUAUUCUUCACAAGCUUAAAUACCAAACUACGACUGUUGUACUUUAGAUCAUGUGUUUGAAAGUCUUUAUCCUCCUUAACAUGUACCGAUCUGCAUAUUUCUUUUUGAAUAGUUUUCUUUUCCAUUGUUGGUAACAUCAUGUGACGUUGAGCU